UCCCCGCCGGGCACUCGCCAGCCCCGAGGGGUCCCCGCGCCUCCCGCGGCCGCUCCGGGGGCGCCGCUCCGAGAUGUCCCCGCCCGGGGGUCGCCGCUGUCCCCCGGCGCUGCUGGCGCUGCUGCUGGGCCUGGCUGGGAGCCGAGGAUCCCGGGAAUGCCAAACCCGAGCGGUGACCGCGGGAGGAUCGCUGUGUCUGGUGCCGGAGGAACCCCCGCGGGAGUGGACACUGGUCAAAUGGGUAGUGAAAAUUAAUUCAUCAACGCAGCAGAAGAUCCUGAGGGCCACCAAGGAUGGAGUUUUCUUCUAUCCCAGAGGUCCUCUCCAUGGGAGAGGGAAAUUCCAGCGGGAAAACCUCUCCCUGUGCAUCUCCCCGGCUCACAGAGCAGAUAACGGGGUCUAUAAGUUCGAGUUCGAGAAUGUCUCAGGGUUUUUCUCUCAGUGCUUCCGAGUGUCCGUGUGGGAGCCCAUCGCGCAGCCGGAGCUGAGAUCCCAAAUCCUGCAGCGGGAUCGGGGCUGGUGCCGCCUGGCCCUGCUCUGCUCCAGCCCCGGGAACGUCUCCUACAGCUGGGCCUGUGCCGGGGCUGCGCCGGGGGAGGUCCCGGGGGAGAUCCCGGAGGAGAUCCCGGGGGAGAUCCCGGGGGAGAUCCCGGGGGAGAUCCCGGGGGAGAUCCCGGGGCAGAUCCCGGGGGAGGUCCCGGGGGAGAUCCCGGGGGAGAUCCCGGGGGAGAUCCCGGGGGAGAUCCCGGAGGAGAUCCUGGGGGAGAUCCCGGGGGAGGUCCCGGGGGAGAUCCCGGAGGAGAUCCCGGGGGAGAUCCCGGGGGAGAUCCCGGGGCAGAUCCCGGGGCAGAUCCCGGGGAUCCCCUCCCGCCUGAUCCGGAGGCUCCCCGAGGGCGCGGAACCCCAAAUCUGCCUCUGCAACGUCAGCAGCCCCGCGGGGUGGAGCGCGGCCCGCGCCCAGCUCACCUGCCCAGGAAUUCCAGGGAAUUUCAGCCGCUGGACCCCGCUGGCCGUGGCCGUGGCCGUGGGGCUGAUCCUGCUCCUCGUGGGCAGCUGCUGCUGGUGGAGGAAGAGGAGGAAGAAUUCCCGGGAAGAGACCCCCGGAGCCCCCCCGGGACCCCCGGAGCAGGAGCUGACGGUCUACGCCGAGGUGGGAGAGAAGAAACCCCGCCAGGACCCCGCCGGGACCGGCGAGGCCACCCAGGAAGGAGCCACCAUCUACGCCGUGGUCACUCCCAGGAUGCUGGAGCACCCCAGGCACCAGGAGGAACCCGGGAAUUUCACCAUUUACUCCACGGUCCAGUUUGGCCAGAGGCCUUCCUCCAUCAAGAGGAAGAGGCUGGACCCAGCUUUGGUCUCCACCGCCUACUUGGAGGAUAACGGGGGUUACAGGCGCCUGGGCUUCCCAAAUCCUGCCGGCCACCAGCGCCCCUAAAACCCCGGAAUUCCCAUCCCUGUGGAAUUCUUCUCCUGGAAACUCCAGCGGCCACUGGGAUCCCACCCCAUGGAAUAGAAAUAUCCAGAAAUCCGGGGCUUUUCGCCCAAGAUUCACCCCCCAGCUGUGCCUCGGAGCGAAGAUUUGGGGAUGGGAAACUCCGGAAGGGAUUUGGGAUUGGACAGGCGGGAUGGGCGGGGAGUGGGAAUUUUGUGGGGUUUUUAGGGCUUGGAAAGUUUGGGAAUCCUUUUUUAUUUUCUUUUCCUUGGUGCAAAUACAACAGAGCCGCACAAUGAACCUGUUUAAUUAAUUAAUUGGCUGAUUAGAGUCUUAAUUACACUUCGGGCCCGGGGAGGGAGCAGGAAUUUCUUUGGGAAUCGGGAAUUCCGGGCUGGAAUUCCGUGUGGGGAUGGGGUGGGAGAGGCGAUGCCAGGAUCGGGGUUUUCUUUGGGAUCGGGAUGGAAAGGGGUGGCGCCUCCUCUCCCUCAUCCCGAACAUCCUCGUGGCCGCUCCCGGGCGUUAAUUGGGAUGAUCCACCAGGAGGGAAUUUAGGGAAUUGCGG